AUGUAUGUUUUGCUUUGGGGAUAUGUAAUUUCAAGAAUUAGAACAUAUGCCGGCGGGGCACCUCUGAAGAAAAAGGAGAAUGAGUUGGAAAUUAAAGCAACAUACGUUAAUAUCUCAGGCCAAAAAUCAAGCUAUGACUGUGCUAUUUACGUUAUAAAGUGGCUUGAGUUAAUUGAGCCCGAAAACAUUAAAAGGGCGAAGUAUGAAUGGGAUAAUUGGCCACAGGACGAGGUGGACCACUAUAGAGUAGAAUAUGCUUCGCGGAUACUAUUCAGUGAAAUGAAUAAAGAGAGAGAUCAAGCAAUUAGAGCGAGUAAUGCAAUAAGACUGUCCAAUCCAUCCUCAGUAUUAUUGAGUCUAUUUUGUCAGAUAAAUUCUACUGAUAUAGAAACUAAGUAAUCUAACUGCUAGCUAGUUUGUAAAUUGAACAAAUGCUGUAAAAAUUUGCCAUUUAUAAACAACUUCUAUUCAAUGAAAUUUUUUUCCAUAGUUUAACUG